AUAGAGUCAAAGUCAUGAGGUGGGUCCACCAGGAGGCCUCUUGGGAUGUCGUUGCGACAUACCCGGACGAGGUCGAAGCUCUUCAAGUCUCUACAAUCGACACCGGUUGCGUGUUCUCUGAAGCAGGAUCUCUGGAUCUCAUUUUAUCCUGCAUCAGUAUUCCAUUUUCAUCGUCUCGUCAUGACAGCCACAAUGCGUGCAGCGGUCAUCCAAAAUCCGGGAAAGGAUUUCACCAUCGACAUCAUCGAGAAACCUAAACCUCAGCCUGCUAACGAUGAGAUUCUCGUUCGUCUUCAAAUGACAGGAUUAUGCCAUUCGGAUCUCUCAUUGAUGAUGCAGGAGUGGACUGGAUUCCGUACGCAGGUGCAAACGGUCGGCCAUGAAGGCGCUGGUGUUGUGGAAGCGAUAGGCAAAGACGUUACUGGUUGGCAUAUUGGAGACAAAGCCGGCGUGAAGCCCAUCUCAUAUGUGUGCCACACCUGCGAAAGUUGCAUCAAAGGCCGCGAGCAGCAUUGUCCGGAAGCACGAUUUACCGGCAUCACGAUGGAGGGUACCUACCAGCAAUAUAUUGCCGUCCCAGCCAUAUACGCAACGCGAAUUCCUGAGGGCGUGGAUCUGGAUCAAGCAGCGCCAGUGAUGUGCUCAGGGACCACCUCUUACGCGGCUCUACGAAAAAGCGGCAUCCGCGCAGGGGACUGGGUCGUCGUCUUGGGUGGUGGUGGAGGAUUGGGUCAUUUUGCCGUGCAAAUUGCUAAGGCGAUGGGUGCGCGCGUGAUCGCUGUGGACUCGGGAGCGGCCAAAAAGGAUCUAUGCAUGUCUUUAGGGGCUUUCGAAUUCAUUGAUAUCGCUUCGAGUACGGAUCCCGUUGAGCGAACAAUGGCAAUCACGGGCGGGGGAGCUCAUGCAGUCAUCGUAGCUUCUGCUCAUCCAGCUAGCUAUGCCUCAGCUCCGAACUUUUUGCGGAUUGGAGGAACCGUGGUCUGUGUCGCCAUGCCUCCAACCAACAAAGCCAACGUUGGUGGCGAUCCGAAUGACCUGAUAGCCAAAAACAUAACCAUCAAGGCCACUAUGGUGGGCACACUCGGCGACACCGCAGAAGUUCUGGAUCUCUGCGCGCAAGGCUUGGUGAAGCCCGUUGUCACCACAUACCCACUUGACCAAUUACCCCAUGCGAUACAGCUUUUGAAAGAUGGAAAGGUCGUCGGUAGAGCAGUAGUCGACCUAUGGGCAUAAGCUAUAUAUGUAUGUCGAUCAGAUGUGUCCUUAAAGGGCACACUCUCAAGCCAUCACAACAGCAGAAAACAAUGCACAUUUCUCAACAGGAUGGAUAUGAUAUACCAUAGUCAGUCGUCAAGAAGGAUGUGCUUGGACAGGACCGAGCGUACGAGCUGGGUG